CAGAAACACAACAACUACAGUCUCAUCAUCUCAUGUUUUUCAGCUCUUGCUUCUCUUUCCUUCAGUGAUUCUGCUUGUGCAGCUGUUCUUCAAGCCACAGCUUUAGAUAUCAACUGAAAUAGAAGAAGACAUUCAAUCUCUCGAGAUCUCAGCAGAGGAUGAUUAAACAUCUCCACAAACAGCAUCACCAGCUUUACUUAUUACCAACCAACCAGACUGGCUUUAUUUCAUAUAUGCGCCACCCAGUAGAACCAAAUCCUUCAGGAACCGAAUUUAUUGUAACACCGGAAGUUGUUUUUUUUUUCUUCUCUCAGAUGACAAGUUCCGGUUGGGGAAAUUUGAACGCUGUUACGCAGUCGCGCAGCGAGCUGGUGGUUUAAAGUUCUGCUUAUUUGAUUGAAGGCGCUGUAUAUCAAAUUCAGUUUUACCAGGCUUUGUUUCUGUGCCAACAGGAGAGUGAAGUGCUCAGGUGCUGAUCAGUAGCUUUCCACACUUCAUGUGGCGAUGGAUCCCGGCACUGUAUCGCUGUUUCAGAGGGUCUCCGAAAAGCUGGGCUGGGACAGAGAUGGUGGUCUGGAUAAAGCUGAAGAGAAGUUGCGUAAGAGCUUGAAGAAGAGCAGACGUCCAGCGCUGGGCAGUUAUGAGUCCUCAAGCACAGAUCCAGCGCACAGACUGCUGCUGUCUGACACGGACACUGGCUCAGGGAAAGAGAAUCAGUCUCAAGAAAAACACGUGCUGUUGACUUCAGAUGAUGAGGACUUUGAUAAGUUUCUUGCUGCAAAGGCUACACCCAAAUCUACAUUUAAACAGUCUGCAUCCGCUGCCCAGAAACUAAGAGAACCAAUUCCAGUUCUGUCUUCAGAGAGCGAUGAUGAAUUUGAAACAUUUUUAAAUCGAGUGAAAACCCCAAAGGCUAAAGUCCAGUCGCAGUCUGUGAGUAGCAGUGAUGACGGUUUGAGACGCUUCGUAGUGGACAGCAUGUCAUCUGAUGAUGAUUUUGUCAUUGAGAGGAAGCCUUCCGUUCAUAAAGGGAAAGCCAAGACUGCUAGAACUCCUAAAUCAGUUCAGAAGCCAGAGAAACGGCCUCCAUCUCUCUGUGAUUCUCCUGUCUUCCUGAGCGACAGUGAUGAUGACGGUGACAUUAUUAUCCAAAGCACCUGGAGGACCAGACACAGCCGCCCACCAUCUGAGGAACAUCACGCCUCGAGUACAGGCAGAGAGGAGACUGCGAAGCCUUGUGCUCUCCCCCCAGCAGUCGCAGUGACCACACACACCGGUCCAGAGGACACAUGCAGCUCUGAGGAGGAGUUCCAGUCCUUAUUGGACCGGGUCAGACAAAAUCACAACCUGGGAGGCAGAACGCAUGCAAGCCCGAGGCCACCUCCAGAAUCCAAACCUCGACCUCCCUGUUUGUCGACACCAACUGCCGUGGGUAAGAAAGUUACUAACCAUAUACCGGUUAAAGGAUCAUCCACAACCCACACCCCAGUGCAGCAGACGCCCCGCAGCAGACCAGUGAGCCACACGGAGCCCAGAGCUCCACCCAUCAGCAGACUGGUGGUGUGUAAAACUCCCGGCUGCUUCCUGCAGUCUCUGUCUGUUCCUGGAUCGUCCUACAGCCGCAGCUUCAAACUGAACAAAGAGGAGCUCACUAACAAACUCUACCAGCUCUACAACACCAGUGUGUUUGACAGUAAGCUUCCCGCUGACAUGUCUGUCACAUGGAACAAGAAGAUGCGCAAGACGGCAGGAUAUUGCAUCUCAGGCCAGGAGCGUGGCACUGGGAAACCAUAUGCCCGCAUCGAGCUGUCUGUCAAAGUUUGCGACUCUGCAGAUCGGUUACGAGAUACGUUAGUCCAUGAAAUGUGUCAUGCUGCCACAUGGCUAAUAAACAACGUUCGUGACGGGCACGGGCCGUUCUGGAGGCUUUAUGCUCGUAAAGCGAUGCUGGCUCAUCCUGAGCUGCCGAUGGUUUCCCGCUGCCACAGUUACGACAUCAACUACAAGUUCCAGUAUCAGUGUGACCGCUGCAAGAACACGUGAGUGCAGAACUGUCCUGCUUGCUACAGUGGCU